CCACUCCCUUCAGAAAUGGCCAAAAAGCUGCAGUUUGUCAGCAAAAUGUUUCUCCAACUCUUCUUCUUCUUCUUCCUACUUUCAUCUACGCCACUGUCUUCGUCUCAAACCAAUGAAGAAACCCAGACCUACUUGGAUUGCAGUCCCCGGCCCUUCAUCUGUGGAGGCCUCAACAUCAACAUCUCCUUUCCAUUUCAAAUAGAUGGCCGGCCUCCUUCUUGUGGUCACCCCGGUUACGCACUUCGCUGUAUUAAAAACACGACCUUGGUGACCACCAUUAGCGACAGAGAAUACCAGGUCUUAGCCAUCGACUAUGCCAACGUCCACAUCGCCGUCGCCGACGCCAGAUUUAUCGGCAACUCCUGCCCUGUUCUCGCGGAUAACGCAACCGUUGACCUAUCCUUGUACAACUACACAGACCUCGAUAAAGCUGUCACCUUGUUCAUGAACUGCACAUUUUCAGGUGGCCUUCCGCCGGGGCUUCACAACUUGAGCUGCUAUGCGGGGAACUCCUCUUUUUAUGUGGUUGGCGAUGGAAGCUCGAAUGGUGCGGGGGAGAGCUGUGGAUCAGUAGUACAAGUUGUGAUGCAUCAGGCGGUGGUGGAUUUGGUGAUGAAGGAUGAGGUUGGGCUUGGUGAUGCUCUGCAACAGGGAUUGACGCUCACUUGGACGGCCGGAGAUGGGUGGUGCGACGCGUGCGUCGCCGACGGGGGGUUGUGUGGGUAUAAUUCGAGCUUGGUGAGUAAAAAACAUUUGCAUCUGUGCUGGUGGCUCGUGUUCUUCAGCUGGCAAAGAUCAUGUCACCAGGAAAGUUUUAGAAGGUACUUCUCUAUUCUAUUCUUCAAUUUAUUUUCAUAAACCUUUCUUCUACUCA